UGAGGGAGUCACAAGACCUAGCAUAUAAAUCAACGUCUGUCUUCUCCGUGCUGACAAGUUUACGCAAGCGUUUGCUUUGUAACACCAAGCUACGCUCAAAGCUGUCGCAAAACGUAUUUAGAGACACACUAUUUAAAUUUCCCAGAUGAGACCUGUGGUGAGGUUUGUAUUAAGGGAUCAAACAUUUUGAGCAGGAGAAGGGGAACUACAGAGUGUGCUGAAUUGCAAGGGAUUUGUGUGCGAAUCCCUGGAACAGGAAUAAGACAAAGAGUUGAAAAUGAAUCUGGACAGGGUCUCCGUUCGUGGACUGCACUUAAUGGAAUGUUUUCUUCUCAUGACUCUGCUGGGCACUAACUGGGCACUACCUAAAACAGACCCACCUGUAGAUCCUGACUACCCCUUCCUAUUCAUGUGGAACGCUCCCACAGAACUCUGCGAGACCAGAUUUGGCAUAGGUCUCAACCUCUCCCACUUCCAGUUAGUGAGCAGCACUUUGAAGUCUGCCACCAACCAAAGCAUCUCCAUUUUCUACACUGACCGUUUCGGCCUCUUCCCCUACGUGGACGAGGACACAGGGGAAAUGUAUGAUGAAGGCCUUCCACAGCUGAUUGAUUUCCAGGAACACCGUGAGCAGGCCGAAGAUGACAUUGAAUACUACAUCCCCGAAGACCAACCGGGCCUCGCCAUCCUUGACUUUGAGGAGUGGCGACCACAGUGGGUCCGGAACUGGGGCAGCAAGGACAUCUAUCGAGAUCUGUCAAUUGAGACUGUGAAAACCAAGACCCCAACCUUAUCCGACGACGAGGCCGAAGACAGAGCCAAGAUAGUGUUUGAGCGAGCAGCAAAGCGAUACUUUCUCCGAUCUCUCUUGGUUGGGAAGAGGCUAAGACCCAACAGGCUUUGGGGAUACUAUCUGUACCCGGACUGUUACAACUACGACUACAACCAGGAUAUGAGUGAUUAUUCUGGGAGUUGUCCUGAGCUUGAGCAAGAGAGGAACGAUGAGUUGAUGUGGCUAUGGAAGGAAUCCACUGCUCUCUAUCCAUCCAUCUAUCUGGAGCUGAUCCUGAGAGAUUCCUACCAAGCCCGCCUGUUUGUCCGCCACCGCAUUCAGGAGGCUAUGAGAGUAUCCAUGCUCCCCAACCAAAGUUACGCCAUUCCUGUCUACGCCUACAUCCGCCCAGUUUUCAAAGAUAGUGGUGAUGACUACAUGUCAGAGUAUGACCUGGUGAACACCAUUGGGGAGGCAGCUGCCCUGGGAGCGGCUGGGGUGAUCUCCUGGGGGGACAUGAAUGUCACUGACUCAGAGGACUCCUGCAUCACUGCCAGACGCCACCUGGAGAAGAUCAUGAAUCCAUACAUCUUGAAUGUUUCCACAGCAUCACGGCUGUGCAGCGAGGCUUUGUGUCGGGCAAAUGGCCGAUGCAUAAGAAAGCACUGGGACAGAGACGACUACCUACACCUCAACCCAUAUACCUUCCAGAUCAAGAGAUAUAAAACAGGCAAUCUGGCUGUGAAGGGUGAAAUGUCCCAACAUGAGAUUGACUGGUUUGCUGACAGAUUUGACUGUUUGUGCUACUCUGACGAACCAUGUCAGUCCUCCAUUACUCUAAACUCCUUCCCCAACUUUGUCCAAAGCAAUGGAACUCCCCAAUACUUCCAACCGUUGGUCAUUCUGACUUCUGUCUACAGUAUGUAUGUUUUUCUUGUAAUGAUGUGCAACAACACAGGAAGCUGGUGAUGGGAAGACUGCUAAUAAUGUCUGGAAUGGAGUGAAUGGAUUGGUAUCAAGCAUAUGGAAACCAUGUGUUUGAUACCUGUCACGCCCUGACCUUAAAGAUCCUUUUUUAUGUCUCUAUUUGGUUUGGUCAGGGUGUGAUUUGGGGUGGGUAUUCUAUGUUCUAUUAUUUGCAUUUCUAUAUUUUGGCCGUGUAGGGUUCUCAAUCAGGGACAGCUGUCUAUCGUUGUCUCUGAUUGAGAACCAUACUUAGGUAGCCUUCUUCCUACCUGUCUUUGUGGGAAGUUGACUUUUGUUUAUGGCACAUGGCUUCACGGUUGUUUUCACGUUUGUUGUUUUGUUGGCGUCAUUUUUUAUAAUAAAAGAAAAUGUACGCUGA